AUGAUGGCCUCACGACAGCUCCUGGGCAACGUCGCCCGGAGCCGCACUGCUGCCGUCGGCAGCACUGGUCUGCGCCGCAGCAUGGCCACUGUAUCUGAUUCCCCCCUCGACCGCAAGGUCAAGCAAAACAACUGGGAAGACAACAACUUCAUCAACUACAAGAAGAUGUCUGAGAACCUCGCAAUUGUGCGAAGCCGUCUUAACAGGCCUUUGACCUAUGCCGAAAAGAUCCUCUACUCUCACCUCGACAACCCUCACGAGCAGGACAUCCAGCGCGGCUCCUCUUACCUGAAACUGCGCCCUGACCGCGUCGCGUGUCAGGAUGCCACUGCGCAGAUGGCCAUUCUCCAGUUCAUGUCCGCCGGCAUGCCUUCCGUCGCCAACCCCACCACUGUGCACUGCGAUCACUUGAUUGAGGCACAGAUUGGAGGCGCCAAGGAUCUUGAGCGCGCCAUCAACAUCAACAAGGAAGUGUACGACUUCCUUGCCUCCGCCUGCGCCAAGUACAACAUCGGCUUCUGGAAGCCCGGUUCCGGUAUCAUCCACCAGAUUCUUCUUGAGAACUACGCUUUCCCUGGUGGUCUCUUGAUCGGUACUGAUUCUCACACUCCCAACGGUGGUGGUCUCGGCAUGGCUGCCAUCGGUGUCGGAGGUGCCGAUGCCGUCGAUGUCAUGGCCAAUCUCCCCUGGGAGCUGAAGGCACCCAACGUCAUUGGUGUCAAGCUCACUGGCGAGCUGUCCGGCUGGACUUCUCCGAAAGACAUCAUUCUCAAGCUCGCUGGCAUCUUGACUGUCAAGGGCGGCACCGGUGCCAUUGUCGAGUACUUCGGCCCUGGUACCAACACCAUUUCCGCCACCGGCAUGGCGACCUGCUGCAACAUGGGAGCUGAGAUUGGCGCGACGACGUCCGUCUUCCCUUUCAACGACCGCAUGUACGAUUACCUGGCAGCCACCAAGCGCAAGGACAUUGGUGACUUCGCUCGCACCUAUGCUCACGAGCUCAAGGAGGACGAGGGUGCUCAGUAUGAUCAGCUGAUCGAGAUCAAUCUGUCUGAGCUCGAGCCCCACAUCAACGGACCUUUCACCCCGGAUCUGGCCACCCCCAUCUCCAAGUUUGCUGAGGCUGCCAAGGCCAACAACUGGCCUGAGGAGCUCAAGGUCGGUCUCAUCGGUUCUUGCACCAACUCCUCUUAUGAGGACAUGUCCCGUGCUGCUGCCAUUGCCCGUGACGCUCUCAACCACGGCAUCAAGGCCAAGGCUGCUUUCACUGUCACUCCUGGUUCCGAGCAGAUCCGCGCUACAAUUGAGCGUGAUGGUCAGCUCCAGACUUUCGAGGAAUUCGGCGGCAUGGUCCUUGCCAACGCUUGUGGUCCCUGCAUUGGCCAGUGGGAUCGUCAGGACGUGAAGAAGGGCGAGGCCAACUCCAUUAUCUCGUCUUACAACCGCAACUUCACCGGUCGCAACGACGGCAACCCUGCCACCCACUCUUUCGUUACCUCGCCUGACCUGGUUGUCGCCAUGACCAUUGCCGGUAGCCUGCACUUCAACCCCCUCACCGACACUCUCAAGGAUAAGGACGGCAAGGAGUUCAAGCUGUCUCCCCCUACUGGUGACGGUCUUCCCCAGCGUGGUUACGAUCCCGGACAAGACACCUACCAGGCCCCUCCCCAGGACCGUGCCUCUGUCAACGUCCAGGUCUCCCCCACCUCUGACCGUCUCCAGGUUCUUGAGCCCUUCACGCCUUGGGAUGGCAAGGAUGCCACUGAUCUCCCCAUUCUCAUCAAGGCCCAGGGCAAGACCACCACUGACCACAUUUCCAUGGCUGGCCCCUGGCUGAAGUACCGUGGCCACCUGGACAACAUUUCCAACAACAUGCUGAUCGGCGCCAUUAACGAAGCCAACGGCGAGGCCAACAAGAUCAAGAACUUCACCACAGGCGAGUUUGGUGCCGUUCCUGCUGUUGCCCGUGACUACAAGGCGAAGGGCAUCAAGUGGGUUGUCGUUGGCGACUGGAACUACGGCGAGGGUAGCUCCCGCGAGCACGCUGCUCUUGAGCCCAGGCACCUUGGAGGACUGGCUAUCAUCACCCGCAGCUUCGCCCGUAUCCACGAGACCAACCUGAAGAAGCAGGGCAUGCUUCCUCUUACCUUCGCCGACCCUGCCGAUUACGACAAGAUUAAGCCUGAUGACAAGGUUGACAUCCUCUGCACCAACAUUGCUGUCGGUCAGCCUAUGACGAUGGUUGUGCACCCCAAGGACGGCGCGGCCUACGAAGUCAAGCUGCUGCACACUUACAACGAGCCCCAGAUUGAGUGGUUCAAGAACGGCAGCGCCCUCAACACCAUGGCUAAGGCUGCCAAGGCGUAA